AGAAAUUGUUCCUCCACAAGGAGUGCUCAAAGACUCAAGGGAAUAAGUCAAAUGAAAGUUGGGAGCAACAGGCACCACACUGUUCUCAUGUGGUCAAAGCAUUUCUGCCUCCUCCAUUCACAGUGAAGUCAACAGUAUUCGGAAGAUCUGAAGACAUGGCUGUUGUUAGUGGAACGUAUCGUGUGGUGUCCGAGGAGGAGCAGGCCCUCCGUGCUAAACUUGAGCACCUGACUGUCAAGGACCAUGGACCCGUGUUCGGGCCCUGUGCCAAGCUGCCUGACCACACCCUGCAGAAGGCUAAAGAUGAACUAAAUGAGACGGAUGAGAAGAGGGUGUCUGCUGUGAAGGAGCUGAGGGGCAUCAUUAAAGAUAAGGGGGGAGAGGACCUGGGCAAGGGAGUGGUCGACACCUUCGGGGACAAGCCUGAUGGUGUGCUGCUCAGGUUUAUCCGUGCUAGGAAAUAUGACGUGAACAGAGCCUAUGAACUCAUGAAGGGUUAUGUGCGCUUCAGGCGUGACUACCCCGAGCUGUUUGAGAACCUGACCCCCGAGGCUGUGCGGAGCACCAUCGAGGCCGGCUACCCCGGCAUCCUGUCCAACAGGGACAAGUACGGACGCAUUGUGCUGCUCUUCAACAUCGAGAACUGGGACUAUGAGGAGAUCACCUUCGAUGAGAUCCUGAGGGCCUACUGUGUGAUCUUGGAGAAACUCCUGGAGAACGAGGAGACCCAGAUCAAUGGUUUCUGCAUCAUUGAAAACUUCAAGGGCUUCACCAUGCAGCAGGCCUCAGGCAUCAAACCUACUGAGCUGAAGAAAAUGGUGGACAUGUUACAGGACUCCUUCCCAGCCCGUUUCAAGGCAGUGCACUUCAUCCACCAGCCGUGGUACUUCACCACCACAUACAACGUGGUCAAGCCCCUGAUGAAGGGCAAGCUGCUGGAGAGAGUCUUUGUCCACGGAGAUGAGCUAGAAAACUAUUACAAGGAAUUUGACGCUGAUAUUCUGCCCUCUGAGUUUGACGGUAAAGGUAGCAAGUAUGACGGCAAGGGAAUAGCAACAAAGCUGUUCGACUGAACAUGACCAAUGGGACCACACACAUAGACCCCAGGGGAGAAAUGUAAUAAUGGUAUUCCUUUUCAACAAAAUUGUAGGUUAAUGUGAACUGUGUAAAAAAAAUACAACCACGCCUGAGUGUAACGGAAUGAAGUGAACGGGAGCCGCACAAGAGAAAGCUUUGACCAACCAACACGCUCCUUCUCUUCAGCUGAAGCCACUCAGUGCCUUAAACAUCCACUGUUGUUAUUCACUAGCUGGUCAACUGCUGUGGCACAGAGCUUAAAGCACAUCUGGAACCUGACAGUCAUUGGGUCUAGUGGGUUUACUGUGGACCAUUUUUAUUAAUGAGCCAAUAAUAAUAAUUUGAUUAUCUAUAACUUUACAAAGGACUGAGGAAGAAGCCUGUCCCAAUGACACUCCUGCUAAAUGGCUUUAUCUUUAUGAAACAAUAUCAGCCAGGCCCCUGCUGUGAACUGCACCCCAAUAGUACAGUCAAGGUUCCAACGCUUUUUGUCCAGACAGUGAUGUCCUCGAGACCAAGUAUCUAUUCUUUUGUUUUGUUUUUAUUUGACUCCAAUGGAAAAUGUGUGUACAUAGAGUACAACCCUCUGUAGAUACCCAACAUGUCAAC